GCAGCCCGGAGCCCCCGAGCCCUCGGCAGGUUUGCCUGUCCUUCCCCGCGAUCUGAUUGGAUAAAGUGGGGGCUCGACGGUGGCCGACGUGGGACAGUCUGGCUGUGGCAGGGGUCUCGGAAACCAUGGGUUAUUGCAGCGGCAGGUGCACGCUUAUCUUUAUCUGUGGCAUGCAACUGGUUUGUGUGCUGGAGAGGCAAAUAUUUGACUUCCUUGGAUAUCAGUGGGCACCUAUCCUGGCAAAUUUUGUACAUAUUAUUAUCGUCAUUCUUGGUUUAUUUGGAACUAUCCAAUAUAGACCUCGUUACAUAACAGGAUAUGCUGUCUGGCUAGUCCUCUGGGUUACCUGGAAUGUGUUUAUUAUCUGCUUCUAUUUGGAGGCUGGGGACCUCUCAAAGGAAACAGACCUUAUCCUGACUUUUAAUAUUUCAAUGCACCGAUCUUGGUGGAUGGAGAAUGGACCAGGAUGUACGGUGACAUCAGUGACACCUGCACCAGACUGGGCCCCAGAAGACCAUCGCUACAUCACGGUCUCAGGGUGUUUUCUGGAGUACCAGUACAUAGAAGUGGCUCAUAGUUCCCUCCAGAUUGUCCUCGCACUGGCAGGGUUCAUCUACGCCUGUUAUGUUGUGAAAUGUAUAACUGAAGAAGAGGACAGCUUUGAUUUCAUAGGUGGCUUUGAUUCUUAUGGCUAUCAAGGGCCUCAGAAGACAUCUCAUUUACAACUACAGCCUAUGUACAUGCAAAUUCCCUUGGAUAACAACUGA